AUGUAUCAAACACACACGCACACUUGCGCAUGGGAAGCAAGAGAGAAAAAAGUCGCAGCCGAGGGAGCACAUGGCUUGUCUGGACAGAGAAGAGUGUAA